AUGGAGACUUCACUUGAGACGAGAAGAGUGUCCUUGGACGACUUGAGGCAGCAUAACACGGCGAAUGACUGUUGGAUAGCUGUCCAUUCCAAGGUCUGGGAUAUUACACACUUUAUUAAUGAGCAUCCUGGCGGUCCAGAAGUGCUGCUGAGCCUCGCUGGUACUGAUGCCACGGAACUCUACAAUGAUGUCCACGCGCCUGAUAUCAUCGAAGACCUUCCCAGAGACAAAUUAGUAGGCCUCCUCGAAGAAUCUGCAAUUAGUCGCUCGACCCCUAAAACCACCGAGAUCGAUCCUGUACCGCCCCCUACAUCGCCAACACAAACGAACCAAGCCCCCUCUACAGCAACAGCAAAGAGAAUUCCCCCCAUAGACGCGAUCUUGAGUGCUCCAGACUAUGAGAAGGCAGCGCAAGAUUCACUCUCCGCUAAAACAUGGGCAUUUUACUCGUCCGCCGCGACAGAUCUCGUCACGCACGGGAAGAAUAAGGAGCUGGUGCGGAGAAUCAUGAUCAGGCCCAGGAUAUUGAGGAAUGUUUCGCAAGUCAACUACAAGACCAGUAUUCUUGGUUUCGAUAGUAGUGCACCGUUUUUUAUUUCUCCUGCUGCUAUGGCGAGGCUUGCGCAUCCUGAUGGGGAGCUAGCGCUUAGUCGGGCUGCGGCCAAUGAGGGUAUUACCCAAUGUAUCUCGAGUAAUGCUUCCUUCUCGUUAAAGCCGAUCGUCAAAGCUGCUCCCUCAACACAACCAUUCUUCUUCCAGCUAUACGUUAACUCCAACCACGACAAGACCGUCGAGCUUCUCAAAACCGUACGAAGUCUCGGCGUUAAAGCGAUCUUUGUAACGGUCGAUGCCCCUGUGCCAGGGAAGCGUGAGGCAGACGAGAGAGCUGCGCAAGAACAAACUGUUAAGUCGGCGAUUAGUGGUGGUGAGAGCAGUAAGGAUAAGAAGGGGAGUGGGUUUGGACGUCUCAUGGCGCAGUAUAUUGACAAGUCGUUGUGCUGGGAUGACUUGGCUUGGAUACGGGAGGCGAGUGGGGGGUUGCCGAUUGUGUUGAAGGGGGUUCAGACUGCUGAGGAUGUUAUCAAGGCGGCGGAGUAUGGUGUUGAGGGUGUAUUGUUGAGUAACCAUGGUGGACGGUCGUUAGAUGGGGCUCAAGCAAGUAUCCUGGUACUGCUAGAAUUACGGAAGAACUGCCCAGAGGUCUUUGAUCAGCUUGAAGUCUACAUCGACGGCGGCUUCGAGCGGGGAUCCGAUAUCCUGAAGGCCAUCGCCCUCGGCGCAACAGCAGUUGGUAUCGGACGACCAUUCCUAUACUCUCUUAUCCACGGCCAAGAUGGCGCCGAGCAUCUCUGCCAUAUCCUUAAAGAUGAGCUUGAGACUUCAAUGCGUCUUUCUGGCAUCACGUCGCUGAGUGAAGCUAGACCUAGCUUGGUGAAUACGUUUGAUAUUGGUCAUAUGGUAGUCGGUAAUGCGUACACGCGUCUGUUGUCGAAGCUGUAG